ACGAUACAGAAAUGCAGAUACUGCGAGAAAGUGUGUGUGUUUAGGGCAUUUAUCAAUUCAAAAAUUGAUUAAUUUAUUAAGUUCGAGCUCUUUGCAUGCAAAUCAUUCGCCGUCUUCUUCCACAAUUGUGUUUUUUAGCCGGCGGCUGGAUUCGAGAAGCUUCCGAUUGCUCUGUAUAGUCUCUCUCCGUACCAACCAGUGAGGUUUUUUGUUUGUUCUGUUGAAAGUGAUCUUGAUAUGCAACAAGCGAUGCUCCCCCAUAAAGACGAGAAGGUACGCAAAGCUUUAGAGAAAACAAGGGAAUUGGGUAUUGCCGAUGAAAAGACAAUGCCAGUGCUUAUGAAGCUCCUAGAAGAGGCUGAUGGCCAUUGGUCAUUAAUAAAAUUGGAUAACUAUACUGCACUUGUCGACGCUAUUCUCUCUGUUGAGGAAGAGAAGAAGCAAUGUGAAGGUUCAUCUAAUGGCAAUAGAGGGAAGAAUCUUAAGGUCAUUGGCUCUCCUGCUUCUCUGAAAAAAACUUACGAAACCCGUUCUGCAUCCUCAGGUUCGUCCAUUCAGGUAGUCCAGAAGCAGCCACAGAUUAGCAAUGGUGAUCGCAAGAGGAAAUAUAAAAGCAGAAUUUCUGACAUAACUAAAGGUUCAGAGAGCGUUAAAAUAUCUCUUGUCGAUGAUGUUGGGAGUGAAGCUGUGCCUAAGUUUACUUACAUCCCUCACAAUAUUGUAUACCAAAGUGCUUAUCUCCACGUGUCUCUGGCUCGAAUUUCUGAUGAAGAUUGCUGCGCGAACUGCAAAGGGAACUGUCUUUCAGCUGACGUUCCUUGCACUUGUGCUCGUGAAACCAGUGGAGAAUAUGCUUAUACCAAAGAAGGGUUGCUAAAGGAAAAGUUUCUGGACACCUGUCUUAAGAUGAAAAAGGAACCAGAUACGUUCCCUAAAGUUUACUGCAAAGACUGCCCUUUGGAGAAAGAUCACGAUAAGGGCACAUAUGGAAAAUGUGAUGGACACUUAAUCCGGAAGUUCAUCAAGGAAUGCUGGAGAAAGUGUGGAUGUGAUAUGCAGUGUGGAAAUCGAGUAGUACAGAGAGGGAUAAGGUGCGAACUGCAGGUUUACUUUACUCAAGAAGGGAAAGGAUGGGGUCUUAGAACACUGCAAGACUUGCCGAAAGGAACCUUUAUCUGUGAAUACAUUGGUGAAGUAUUGACCAACACGGAGUUAUACGACCGGAAUGUAAGGUCUAGUAGUGAACGGCAUACAUAUCCUGUAACUCUGGAUGCAGACUGGGGUUCUGAAAAGGAUCUAAAAGAUGAAGAAGCUCUCUGCCUGGAUGCCACAAUCUGUGGAAAUGUCGCAAGGUUUAUCAAUCACAGAUGCGAGGAUGCAAACAUGAUUGAUAUUCCGGUAGAAAUAGAGACGCCUGACAGACAUUAUUAUCAUAUUGCCUUUUUUACCCUACGGGACGUGAAGGCCAUGGAUGAGUUGACAUGGGAUUACAUGAUAGACUUCAAUGAUAAAAGUCAUCCUGUAAAGGCAUUUAGAUGUUGCUGCGGAAGCGAAUCAUGCAGAGACAGAAAAAUAGAGGGAUCUCAAGGCAAGUCUUUAGAGAGAAGAAGGAUUGUUCCUGCUAAAAAACAACAAGGUUCCAAAGCGGUGGCUUUAAAGCGCAAAUGAGACCGAUCAAUAUUUAGAGUUAAACAUUAAAGAAAACAUGAAACCGCAAAACACUUUGAUCCAUCAUGAGCUCUGCAUAAUUCAGCUAGCUUUCCUGGUUGAUGAUAUAACUUUUAUGGUCUGCAGAUUUUUUUUUCCCCGUACAAUCUCUUCUUCUUUAGGUAGAAAUGUUAUGUUGCCUAACCAAAGAAACUCACUGUUAGUUCUGUUCUUAAAAUUUCAUGGCAUACAAAAUAAAUAAACCUUUUUCCUAUA